AUGGCGAAAACAUGCAAGUCGCAAGAAGAAAUUGCGUGUGAAGCUAUUAAACAUGCUUUGAAGGCUCUACGGAAACGCCAUUUGCUUGAGGAAGCCGCUCAUGGUCCCGCUGUUCUAGCACUUUCUAGACCCAUAGCUUCUCAGGGCUCUGAGUGGAAAGAGAAAGCAGAGAAUCUUCAAGUGGAACUUCAGCAAUGCUACAAAGCUCAAUCACGCCUGUCUGAGCAACUUGUUGUGGAAGUAGCUGAGUCCAGAGCUUCAAAAGCGUUGGUUCAAGAGAAAGAAAAUGCAGUUGCUGAUUUGCAAAAGGAGUUGACGGAAUUGAGGGAUGAGUGCUCUCAAUUAAAGGAAGACUUGGAAGAAAAAAUUAAAUCUCUAGAACUGAUUAUCAGUGAGAAUUCUGAACUUAAAGCCCAACUGCAGCAGAUGACUACUAAAGCCAAUAAAGCUGAAGCUGAAAAUAAGAUGUUGAUUGACCGCUGGAUGUUGGAAAAGAUGAAGGAUGCUGAACGCCUAAAUGAGGCCAACGCACUGUACGAAGACAUGGUUGAGAAACUAAAGGCCAGUGGUUUAGAGCAACUUGCAAGGCAGCAGGUGGAUGGUAUAGUUCGCCAAAGUGAAGAAGGUGCUGAAUUUUUUUUAGAGUCAAACAUCCCUUCCACAUGUAAAUAUAGGCUUCGUGCACAUGAAGGUGGUUGUGCUUCCAUGUUGUUUGAGUACAAUUCCAGUAUUUUGAUUACUGGGGGACAAGAUCGUUUAGUUAAAAUGUGGGAUACAAAUACAGGAUCCUUAUGUUCUACACUUCAUGGCUGCCUUGGCUCAGUGUUAGAUCUCACGAUUACCCAUGAUAAUCGAUCAGUCAUUGCUGCAAGCAGCUCAAACAACUUAUAUGUAUGGGAUGUCAACUCAGGCCGUGUCCGUCAUACCCUAACUGGCCACACAGAUAAAGUUUGUGCUGUUGAUGUUAGCAAGAUUUCAAGUCGUCAUGUUGUCAGUGCUGCUUAUGAUCGCACCAUAAAAGUUUGGGACCUAAUGAAGGGUUACUGCACUAGCACAAUCAUUUUUCACAGCAACUGCAAUGCUCUUACCUUUAGCAUGGAUGGUCAGACAAUAUUUUCAGGACAUGUUGAUGGUAAUCUUAGGUUAUGGGACAUUCAGAGCGGAAAGCUACUCAGCGAGGUUGCUGCACAUUCACUUGCAGUCACAUCAAUAUCCCUUUCUCGAAAUGGAAAUGUUGUACUGACCAGUGGAAGGGACAAUUUGCACAAUUUGUUUGAUGUGAGAUCUCUUGAAGUUUGUGGCACACUAAAAGCGGCGGGAAACAGAGUUGCUUCUAACUGGAGUCGCUCCUGUAUUAGUCCAGAUGAUAGUCACAUGGCUGCUGGGUCUGCCGAUGGAUCUGUCUAUAUUUGGUCAAGAUCUAAAGGUGAUAUAGUCGGUACUCUGAAGGAACACACUUCUUCUGUUCUGUGUUGUAGGUGGAGCGGUAUUGGAAAACCCCUAGCUUCAGCUGACAAGAAUGGGGUAGUUUGUGUCUGGACAUAA